AUGUAAAUUAAUUUUAUAUUUACCUCUAUUUCUAUUUAUUAUUAGCAUUAAAUCAAUUUUAGCUCUAUUAGNAGAGGAUAACAAAAGUAUUUAAUUUUAAAUAUAAAAAUAGAGAUUGUAUUGCAUGUUAAAAGUUAAUUAACAUAAAUGAAUAUGACUAUUGUGGUUUUGCAUAAACUAUAUGUAGCUCUUCUGUUCCUUAUAGAGGGGGAUAUAAAGAAAUUGAAUGGAAAGAUUUUCUAUAGAUUUAAAGAAAUGAUCAAAUUGUUUUGCUAGAUGUAAGACCAAAUUCGUAAUUUAAUAUUAUCAAAUUGGAUGGAUUCAUAAAUCUUCCAUAUUCAUAAAUUGAUUAAUUUUAAAUUGAAGAAAAUAAAGAUAAAGAUGUAUAUGUCAUGUGUAGAAGAGGUAAUAAUUCUAGGUUGGCUUGUGAAUUUUUAAAGGACAAAAUAAAUAAUAUAUAUAACAUUAUAGGUGGAAUAGAUUUAUAUGCUAAAUUAUAUGAUCCUAAAAUGCCAUUGUUAUGA